ACGUAACUCUGAUGGGAACUUCCGCGUUCAGUCUUCGCGCGGUGUUUUGUUUUCUGAGUUCCAUAAAUUAUGGUAAAAAGGCUGCCUUGACAUUUUAUAUUUAUGUGCUCGUUCUGAAUUGAAGAGACCGUACGGAUAAAAACGUUAGCCAUGUAGCUAGCUCGGCUGGCAGGUAGCUAUAGUUGGUUGCCAUCAAUGGAGAGAGUGUCAAAACCAUCCGUCGGGCGAGCGAAGGAGCUCUCUGUCGGUGUGAUGUCUGACAUUCUGUCUCUACCCUCCUACAAAGACUACCCCGCAGGCCGCCCCUUCGUCAACACCUCUCUACCCUCCUACACACUCACAACUCGCAACACACACACACCCUGCCAGACAUUGUCCAGCAAGGCAUUCCCAGAAAGCAGCAGUGCAGCGAUCCUGUCUGCUCUGAUGAACCUACAGGAGAAGAUCAGGAAGCUGGAGUUGGAGAGAGGCAGAACGGAGCGGAGUUUACACAGCCUGGAGAAAGAGACCUCACACACUGCCCUAAGGAGUGACACACACACACUGAGAGACACACACAAACCCACAGACACACACGAGAGAGAGACCAGCAACCAGUCAGAACCCAACCAAGUGUUAGUGACUCAGCUGGCUGCAGCAGAGGCUCGCUGUAAGCUGUUGGACAGACAACUGGAGUACAUGAGGAAGAUGGUCCGCAACGCAGAGGCCGACAGAACAACCCUGCUCAAACGCCAGGUUUCCCUGGAGAUGACCAGGUCUGCUGCUCCCGCCCCUGACUCCGCCCACCAGGCCCAGUUAGAGAAGCUGGAGCUACUGGAGCAGGAAUACCAGAGACUGACCCGCACACAGAACCACGCAGAGAGGAAGAUUCGUGAGUUGGAGCUGAAACUGCUACAAGAAGAACACCAGAGGAAACUGGUCCAACACCAGGCCAACCAGUUACAGACAGGUCUGGAGGCCAAUCGUAUCCUGAUCCAGUCUGUGUCGCCCUCACCUCGCCUUCCCAAAGACAGAAGUACAAUCAGAGAGAAGAAACACCUCUCCAAGAAACCUGUUCUGCAGCAGACCUCACACACACAGCCACACUACAGACUGAGCCUAGGAGACGUCCCAUUUGUAGCAGGGAAGCAUCAGCCCCAGCUAUGUAACGCACGCGUCCUCUCCCACACCCCUCUGGCCCAGCAAGCCAAUGGCAGCGGCUCCUCCUCUUCCUGUGGGGAGGAGCUAUCAGACCUCCUGCUGGCCCUGCAGGAUGAACUGGGACACAUGAGUCUUGAGCAGCAGGAGUUGGUGCGGCAGGCUGAGACCUGUGUGUGUGAGCGGGAGAGGAGGGGGGUGGAGAGAGAACAGGAGACUCUACUCAGGAGAAUGGAGAGAAAAGCAGAGCAGAUCAGCAAGCUACGCAGACACCAAGCACAGGUGAAGAGGUUUAGGAGAGAUGCUCGUCAGAAGCAAAGUGGGGAGGUGAAGGUGACCACCACAGUGACCACGCGCGGUCGCUCUGCCGGGGCGGUCAAGGCUCGACCGGGGGACCGUAGCAGGAAAAGUCUAACACUGCUCAGGGACAUGAGGUCCCUGCAGACCUCGCUACACCCCAACCAACCACAAUGGAGCUACUGACCACAACAGGACCAACUGACCACAACAGGACCAACCACAAUGGAGCUACUGACCACAACAGGACCAACUGACCACAACAGGACCAACCACAAUGGAGCUACUGACCACAACAGGACCAACUGACCACAACAGGACCAACCACAAUGGAGCUACUGACCACAACAGGACCAACCACAAUGGAGCUACUGACCACAACAGACCAACCUCACUGAUGUGACUGAGACACUGUUACUCACCAGACUGCAACAGGACCAUGAUGCUGAAGAUCAGACUUUAUCAACCUGAACUUCUCUGAUGGACGUCCUGUGGGUGUCGUCGUGUAGCGAAGAGGACUGAGGCCUACCAAGGCCAUUUGGAAGAGGAGGAUGCUGAUGAAUGACCUCCAGGGACAGGGGGGUGUAGGGAAGAGGAAUGAGGCCUACCAAGGCCAUUUGGAAGAGGAGGAUGCUGAUGAAUGACCUCCAGGGACAGUGGGGUGAGGGAAGAGGAGGAUGCUGAUGAAUGACCUCCAGGGACAGUGGGGUGUAGGGAAGAGGAGGAUGCUGAUGAAUGACCUCCAGGGACAGGGGGGUGUAGGGAAGAGGAGGAUGCUGAUGAAUGACCUCCAGGGACAGUGGGGUGUAGGGAAGAGGAGGAUGCUGAUGAAUGACCUCCAGGGACAGGGGGGUGUAGGGAAGAGGAGGAUGCUGAUGAAUGACCUCCAGGGACAGGGGGGUGUAGGGAAGAGGAGGAUGCUGAUGAAUGACCUCCAGGGACAGGGGGGUGUAGGGAAGGCGGGUAAUGAUGUUGUAUUUCAGAUGUCUUUGGUAGAGCAGCAUAGCAGUGACAUCACACAGAACAGUCCUCCUGAUGUUACAGUAAAUCUGCUUCAUCUAUUGGCUCUCCCAGGGGUUUAACAGGGUGUGCUGUAUACAUCUGAUACUGUGUGUUCCACUGUUGCUGCAAACCUCAGCUCACUGCAAUAGACUGAAUUUUGUGUGUAGUUUUGUGUAUUAAAUAGUGUAACCACUCUGCUCUGCAAUGAUUCCCUAAGAUUAAGACACAUUUGAGUGUGUGAGUAGGGAACGAACGGGGGGGGGGUUGGGAAACCUUACGCUGUCCCUAAAGAUGGUGUGUGUGAGAUUGUGUGUUGCGGUUGUUUACUUGGACCAACAUUCUAAAUUUGUUAGACAAGUUACAAGCCGUAAUUGUAGAAGUCUAUCAAAUGGUCUGAAAAAAAAAACAUUUAUUUUCUAGUGUUGACACUUUCCUUGAUAUGAAUAACGGAACUGUCCUUAUGGUGUUUAGUUUUUCAGCUUCCUGAAACUCAGACCGUCUAUUUUUGAAUAAAGAUAUCUCCUGCCACCUGUUAGAA